CAGAUUAGUCGACUGCGAAUAGGAGGUUCCUCCGUUGUCCGGUCUAAACAGAUGAGUAAUUCCAUAGUAAUUUUGUAAUUUUGAUAAAUUCUAAGAUGACGGACAUACCAACUUGUCCGCCAACGUUAAAAGCCAUCCAGCACUAUCUAAAAAUAGCCCAAGAACAUGCAUCUCGGGAUCCGGUCGUUGCUUAUUGGUGUCAACUUCAUGCUCUGCAAAGUGCUUUGGGUAUAGAUCGAAAGUCAGAUGAGAGUAAAGCCUUUCUUGUGAAGAUGAUGGAUCGUCUGGAGGUAAUGAAGAAAGAAUUCAAAGACAAUGAAGCUAUUACCAAUGAAGUCGCUGCUCAGGCUCAUCUCGAAAAUUAUGCUUUAAAGCUCUUUAUAUGGGCAGAUAGUCAGGAUAGGGCUUCAAACUUUGGAAAGAAUGUGGUGAAAGCAUUUUAUACGUCAGGCAUGUUGUUUGAUGUUUUGACAACUUUUGGAGAGCUGUCAGAGGAAAUUCAGCAAAAUCGCAAAUAUGCUAAGUGGAAGGCCGCUUACAUUCAUAACUGUCUUAAAAAUGGAGAAACCCCUGUAGCAGGGCCAAUGCAAAUGGAAGGAGAUGAGGGAGAAGAAAGUGGAAAUGAUACCACUGGAGGUUCAGAAAUCUCAGGUAGUGAUCAGAAGUCUAUAAGUGAUUUGCCCACUGUUCCAUCGCCAUCCAGUCCAGGAUCUAGUAAUGCUGUGGAUGAUUUUGGACUUCCUCAAGUCCCUCCAAGGUUACCUGACAAUCCACCAACACCAACAAAUCCAGUGCUUCCUUCUCCUGAUUUUGGAUUCAACUUACCAUCAACCCCGGCACCUCAACCCUCAUUACCACCAGCUCAACCUGUUGUUCCAUCUCCCAGGCCGUCCCUGCCACCAGGUGAUAUGUCAUGGAAGCCUAGUGGCUCAGGUGGAGUGCUUUUGACUCCGGAACAAAUGACUAAAGCACAAAAAUAUUGUAAAUUUGCUGGCAGUGCUCUAUCCUAUGAUGAUGUCCCUACAGCAUUACAAAAUUUGGAAAAGGCAAUGCACUUAUUGAAAACUGGAGUGGACCCACGAUAAGUAUACCACCAUGGUCUUUUAACUUAAACAUGACCUUUUCUGUUUGCUUGGAACAAGUGUAGCAUGAUAACUGCUGCAGAAUUUAUUUACUUUUUACCAUUUAUGUGCUAUAAAAGUCUAAUUGUUUCAAAAUUUUAAAGUAUUUUCGGGGUAGUUAUUGAAUUUAAUUCUUUGUUAGCUUUAGUAAAAGUAAACUGAUGUAAAGUGAUGAGACAGUAAUUUUUGUUGGUAGUAUGUAUACUGAAAAGUGAUCACCAUCUUAAAGAAUAAAUGGCACAGCUCUUUAAUAUUAUUUUAAUAACUGCAUUGACUUAUACUGUCCAAGUUAACAAUCAAGUGUUUAUUUUUGCCAAAUGUUAUUUUGUGUUACUUAGCAAAUUACUAUAAAUUACUUAACCUGGAAAUCAAUCAA